AGAAUAUCUCUGAAGAAAAUUUGCUGCUUCUACAGCCUUCCAUCUUAGCGUGCAACUGGUGAUUUCACUUGAAAUACCUAUCUGAAGAAACGAACAGGCAAGGUGUAAUUGCUUUUUAAAAAUGUUAAAAGUUCAGCAGUGUGUAACAGCUGACAGGAUACCCAAGAAAAAGCCAUAUAUUUGUGACAUUUGCUAUAAGCAGUUUGAAACUCCAUCAAAAUUAGCUAGGCAUUAUCUGAUACAUACUGGUCAAAAGCCAUUUGAAUGUCACGUAUGCCAUAAAACAUUUAGGCAGCUAGUCCACCUGGAGAGGCAUCAGUUAACCCAUAAUCUGCCUUUUAAGUGUAUUGUUUGUCAUAGGAACUUCAAAAACUUAAUUACUUUCUUAAAGCAUCAGCAGCUUCAUAACGAAAAUUACCAGAAUGAUAGCAAGCAAGCAGAAAACUCUAUGAAUUUUGAGCAAGACAGGGUCACUUACGGCAUAUUUCGAUGUUCUGUGUGCUGGAAAUCUUUUACAACUGAAGAGAGGUGGAUGCUGCAUCAGUGCCUGAAGGCAGAUCAUCUACACGCUGCCAGAAGGAGAAAGAAAACUCACACUUGUGAAUCGUGUAACAAGACAUUUCCAUCAAGAUCUAAGCUAGAAAGACACUUCCUUAUUCACACUGGCCAGAAACCUUUUAAGUGUUCUUCAUGCGGUAAAUCUUUCAGACAGUCAACACACUUGAAAAUCCAUCAGCUCACACACACAGAAGAAAGGCCUUUUCAGUGCUGCUUUUGUCAGAAGGGGUUUAAAAUACAGAGCAAACUCAUGAAGCACAAACAGCUCCAUGCCAGAAAUAAGACUUUCCCCAGUAUUUUAUACAAAGCAAAGACUCUCAAAUAUCCCAGACCACAGAACCUGUUGGAAGGAAAGAGGGAUAGUUUUGAGAAUGCUGACACUGACGAGUCACAGGAGAAUGACCCACGUGAUGCUCACUCAAUUUAUAUUGUACCUUUUCAGUGCCCAGCAUGUGAGCAGUGUUUUGAAACGGAGCAGGCUCUAAAGUUGCACAAACGUUGUUAUCUGAGAGAUGGCAAAACUUCAAAUAAUGGCACAACAGCAUGCAGCCACACAGUCAGCAUGAAAAAUAAGAUCCUGAUGAAGCUGAAGCGUACUGGAGGAAAGGCAACAGAUUUUUCUCUGACUGACAGAAAAAAAAUAAAAUUUAAAAGUCCUGACCUGGUUGCAGCUAGAGAUCAGCGUUCUGAUCAGCAUGCUCCCACUAAACCUUUCAAGGAUUGCCAUAGCAAGCUUGACAUGCACAAGGCACUUAGUAAUCGGAUGAAAAGAAAGUUUGCUGUGCCAUUACCUUGUCAAGAGCACCCGCAACCUCACGACUUUGGAAUUAAUUUAAAAGGUAUGCUUACUGGUGAAAGCAUGUUAAAAACUGGUGAUUCACUGCAUAAUAAAGAUGAUGCUUUUUAUGGUUCAUCAGAUGAUGGUUUCUUUGACAAUCCAGAAGUACUUCACUGCGCUUUUUCAGCUUCUGCUAAAAAUAUACAUAGCAGACACAAAGUGUGUAAAUGUGACAGAUGUGAAAAAAUCUUUCCCUCUUCAUCCAAACUUCAAAGACACUAUCUUAUACACACGGGACAGAAGCCCUUUGGCUGUAAUGUUUGUGGGAAGACAUUUAGACAGUCAGCUCACUUAAAAAGACAUCAGCUCACCCAUACUGAAAAGAGACCCUGUAAAAGCCCUGUUUGCCAGGUAGAAUUUGAAAACCUGAACAAACUUUUCAACCAUCAGGGAGAUCACAUUGAAUUUAAGUCUUCUCAGCCUGUGGGUUAUUCGGGUUAUUCUCAAAUGCCUUCACAGGCAUCUGGCUUUCAAGAACUUGAGCUGAUUCAGUCAAACCAAGCAGCUGAAAUCAAAGUUGAAAUUGAGUCAGGGGACUUUGUUCUUGACACCAGCAGUAGAAACACACAGCCGUAUUUGUGUAGUAAAUUGCUGGAAACAGAGCAAAGCUGUUACAGCUAUUGGCAUGAUUUUUCUGAAGGUACUGAAAAAAGUGGAGUUGUUAACAAACUGUAUCAAUGCAGUAUCUGCUUUAAAACUUUUAAGUCACCUUCUAAGCUUGAAAGACAUUACCUAAUGCAUGCUGGACAGAAGCCGUUUGAAUGUUUAGUUUGUGGUAAAAAUUUCAGACAGGCCCCACAUUUGAAAAGACAUCACCUUAUUCACUUUAAAGAGAGCUUGAAGCUGAGUUCCACUGAGCGACAACCCGAGAAUAUAUUGCUUUUAUCAAAACUGGAUACUGCCCUAUGA